CGAAAGCUUUUCCCAAGUCUCUGUCACCGUCGUCAAUAUGUCAAACCAAUCUCCUGUGCCCGAUCCUCCUGCAGAUGCCAUCUCGGCCCUAAGAUUUUCACCGCACCCAGACUCGUUUCGCUUCGCCGUGGCCUCUUGGGACAAGAACGUGUACAUUUACGAGCUCACGGACGGGAAGUCGUGCACGCAGACGGCCAAGUUUGAGCACAGGGCGCCGGUACUCGACGUCUGCUUCGGCAAGGACGACAAUGAAAUAUACACGGCUUGCUUGGACUGGGAUGUGAGAAGGAUAGACUUGACGUCAGGGACGCAGACGGUCCUCAGCACCCACGACAACGGAGUCCGCUCCGUGGUGUACAGUAAAGAACACUCUCUCGUCAUCUCGGCGGCGUGGGACUCGACGCUGCACAUUCACCCCGGAGGCGGUGAUGCGGCCUGGAGCACCGCCACGAUCAACCUGCCCUCGAAGCCGUUUUCCCUGGCGGUUUCGUCGUCGAAGCUGGUCGUGGCCAUGGCCAACCGAGCGUUGCACAUCUACGAGCUGAAGGCGCUGGCGAACGAAUGCAAGAGCUCGGCGAACUCGUUGCAGAAUCGGCUGGACAUCGAGCCGUGGCAGCGGCGAGAGAGCAGUCUGAAAUUCAUGACCAGGGCCGUCGACUGCAUGCCCAACGAUGAAGGGUACGCUUCGUCGAGCAUCGAGGGCCGCGUCGCCGUCGAGUGGUUCGACCCGUCGAACGAGUCACAGGCGAGGAAGUACGCCUUCAAGUGCCACCGCCAACCCGUCGACGACGUAGACGUCGUCUAUCCUGUCAAUGCCAUUGCUUUCCAUCCCGUCCACGGUACGUUUGCGACUGGUGGGGGUGACGGCGUUGUGGCGAUCUGGGAUGCUAUCGCAAAACGCCGAAUUCGUAUCUACCCUAAACUGGCAUCGAGCGUCGCGGCCAUAUCAUUCAGCUCGAAUGGAAAGUAUCUUGCGACAGCGAUUAGCCCUGGGUUUGAGGAUGGCAAAGACGAAGUUGCUGAAGGGUCCGUUAGUAUCUACAUCAGAGAACUGGGCGAGAACGAGGUCAAGAGGAAGGCGAAGUGAGCAGGACUUUGUUCUGUUCUAAUGCAUCUACGACCCCUUUCGGUCACAUUGAAGCCACAGAGAUGUCUGUUGGGGGCGGGAUCUACGACUAGUCUUCGGUUGUACGGACGGGUAUCAAUGGGGGAUAUUUGGCGACAAUAGACGGUCGCUUCUCCCGAGCUCGGCGCAAAGCAACAGUGCCAUCAGCCAUGCCAAAGUAGCAGGCGACUGGUCUUUGUCCUCCUAUCACCUGGGCUGCCAAGGCCUCGGGACCUGUCGGACCGCAAAAAAGACCAACAGCCAGCACGCCGUUGAUCUCUUUGAUGGCUUUGGCGAGUUGCUCAACCUCCCAAUAGCCGUGCUCGCCAUUUCCUAGCCUCUCUGGUGUGCAGUCUGACGAAAGCAAGAGAGGAUGAGGGAAUGGUGCAUCGACAAUGAAGAAAUCUUGAUCGGUCUUGAUGGGACCAGCCUUGGCCAUAUGACCUUCCCGGAUCACGGGGGUGGCACCGGUCGGGCUUCGACUCCCAAGCAUACGCAGUCGUUGAAUGACUUGUCGGGCUGCUUUUGGCUCCACUUCAAUGGGAAUCGUGGGCCACUUCGUCACCAAACGAGUUUGAAGUUUGCGAUAGUCGGUGGGGAGGUCAGUGAAAAGCUACGCAGAUAUGGGAGCGAUACGUACCUGCAACGCAAAUGAAUGAUUUUGCACGCAUCGCGACGAGCUUCUCCUGGUAUAGACAUGCACCUCCUCCUUUGAUGCAAUUGAGAUCUUCGUCCACUUCAUCGGCUCCAUCGAACGCCACGUCGAGCAUAGCACUGUCGGGUAAGGCAUCGAACUCGAUGGGCAC